UCAUAUCUUUAGUUGACUAUUAAUUCCCAUUUGUAGAAAGAAUCUUAGCAUACAAUCAUCCAUUCAUCAUCACAAAGAUGGCUUCCACUCUAACCACACCUUCAAUGACCUCACCCUACGAUCGAGCAGCGGAACUCAAAGCGUUCGACGACACAAAAACCGGCGUCAAGGGCCUAGUAGAUGCAGGAAUCAAAGAAAUCCCUCGUAUCUUCAUCCAUCCACCAGCAACCAUUCCCAAAACCUCCAAACCUUUCAAGAUUCCAGUCAUAGACCUUGCAUCCCCUGACCGAGCAUCAACGGUUGAGAUGAUCCGUGUAGCGUCUCAAAAUCUUGGAUUUUUUCAAAUUGUUAAUCACGGAAUCCCCGUGAGUGUGAUGGACGAGGUUCUUCAAGGCGUCCAAAGGUUUCAUGAACAAGAUGUUGAGGUGAAGAAAAAGUUCUACACUAGAGAUCCUUUGGCAACCGUAGGGUAUAAUAGUAAUUUCGACCUUUAUAGUUCCGCGGCUGCAGACUGGAGAGACAGCUUCUUUGCAUUCAUGGCACCAUCUCCCCCACCACCAGAAGAAUUGCCAGAGGUUUGUAGAGACAUACAAAUCGAGUACUCGAAUCAAGUGAUGAAACUAGGUGGAGUAUUGUUUCGUUUGAUAUCCGAGGCCUUGGGGUUAAAACCUGAUCACCUUAUAGACAUGGAUUGUGACAAAGGGCUUACAUUUGUGGGUCAUUGUUACCCUGCUUGCCCGAACCCAGAGCUAGCUAUGGGUGCCACCAAACACACUGACUUUGAAUUCAUAACUGUGCUUUUACAAGAUGAAAUUGGAGGCCUUCAAAUACUUCAUGAAAAUCAAUGGAUUGAUGUUCCUCCAACUCCUGGCGCUCUUGUCAUCAACAUUGGUGAUCUACUACAGAUGAUGUCAAAUGACAAAUUGAAGAGUGUGGAGCAUAGAGUUGUGGCGAAUGAAAAAGGGCCAAGGGUGUCUGCGGUGUGUUUCUUUAGCACCUCACGAAUGCCAUCUACGAGGUUGUAUGGGCCAAUCAAGGAGUUGGUUUCUGAUGACAACCCACCGCGGUACAGAGAAACCACGGUUCAUGAUUACAUACAAUAUUCCUUCUCAAAGGGGCUUGAUGCUGGUGAUCAUCGUCUUCUUCAUUUGAAGUUAUAAUACUAAUUUACACUUUAUGAAUUUAUUAAUAUGGAACUAAUGUUAUCUGUACUAUGCAUACCUUUCUUGCAUUGAAAGUUUCAUUUGAUGUAAUAGUAUAUGUUGGAGUUUCAGUAUUAAACUUA